GGGCCGCGCUCGGGCGGCAGGCGCGCAGUCGGCGCGGCGGAUCGAGCAAUGCGCCCUCCGCGCCCAGCAGCCGGGCCCUGCCCGCGGGACGGUGCCGCUCGGGGACUAAAACUCUGUGGAUACAGUGCAGUGGCUCGGGGACUCUGGGUUUAGCAGGAAAAAUUAAAUAAACACAUCUGUUUCCACUACUAGGAGUAAAGACCAGAAAAGACAAAGCAGGAUGAAAAGAUGGCUGACUUCUUGUUACCACCGGGUACUAACAGCUUCCACCGGUUCACGCCUGAAUCCUUGGCUGCUAUUGAGAAACGAAUUGCUGAGAAGCUUGCAAGGAAUGCAAAGCAGGAAUACAGAGAGCAGCUGGGUGAAGACGAGAAACCUCAGCCUCAGUUUGAUUUGCAAGCUUGCAAGAAGCUGCCUGAUAUCUAUGGGACUGUUCCUCCAGAGCUCAUUGCAGAGCCUCUGGAGGACCUUGACCCUUUCUACAGUGAUCGUAAGACAUUUAUAGUACUGAACAAAGGGAAGACAAUCUUUCGAUUUAGUGCCACUCCUGCCUUGUAUAUACUUAGUCCUUUCCAUCCAAUCAGAAGAGCAGCAAUUAAAAUUUUGGUACAUUCAUUGUUCAGUAUGUUUAUUAUGUGCACUAUUUUAACUAAUUGUGUGUUCAUGGCACAGUCAGAGACUCCGUCCUGGAAUAAAUAUGUUGAGUACACUUUCACUGGUAUUUAUACUUUUGAGUCACUGAUAAAAAUAUUGGCAAGAGGAUUUUGCAUGACAGAAUUCACCUUCCUUCGAGAUCCGUGGAACUGGCUGGAUUUCAGUGUUAUUGUUAUGGCGUAUGUAGGAGAAUUUGUGAAAGUAGGCAGUGUUUCACCUCUUCGGACUUUCAGGGUAUUGAGAGCUUUAAAAACUAUUUCAGUAAUCCCAGGACUGAAGACCAUUGUAGGGGCACUUAUCCAGUCUGUUAAGAAACUUGCUGAUGUGAUGAUCCUGACCGUUUUCUGCUUGAGUGUCUUUGCCCUCAUAGGCCUUCAGCUCUUCAUGGGCAACUUGCGACACAAGUGUGUCAGGGACUACACCAAGUUUAACUCCACCAAUGGCACAUUGUACGUGGAUGGUCGGAUGUGGAACACCUCAGAGGAAUUUCUUAGUGAUCCGGUGAACUAUUUCAUAAAAAAUGGUACAGAAGAUGUGUUACUGUGCGGCAAUAGCACUGAUGCUGGCACAUGUCCUGAGGGAUAUAUAUGUCUGAAGGCUGGGGAAAAUCCUGACCAUGGUUACACAAGCUUUGAUACUUUUGGCUGGGCCUUUCUCUCUUUGUUCCGUCUUAUGACUCAAGAUUAUUGGGAGCGGCUUUAUCAACAGACUCUCAGAUCUGCUGGGAAGAUCUACAUGCUUUUUUUUAUGCUCGUCAUCUUUCUGGGCUCAUUUUAUCUGGUCAACCUAAUUUUGGCUGUUGUGGCCAUGGCAUAUGAAGAGCAGAACCAAGCCACUAUUGCUGAAACAGAGGAGAAGGAAAGGAAGUUUCGGGAAGCCAUGGAGAUGUUAAAGAAAGAGCAGGAGGCACUAGCUGCUAAAGGAAUUGAUUCAAUGUCACUUAGUUCAUUGGAAAUGUCACCUUUAGCAUCCAAAAAUGCAAAGGAUAGAAGAAAUAAACGAAAGAAAAAGAAAUCUUUGGGGACAGAAGAGUAUGGUGAAGACCAAAGGAAUCCUAAGUGUGACUACGAUGACGGUCAGAGGAGAAUGACUCUCCUUGGCAUUAGUUAUGGUCCCAAUGCAAACUUGGUGAAGCGCAGAACCAGCCACGGAAGCAUAUUCAGUUUCCGACUCCGUGGCAGAGACACUGGCUCCGAAACAGAUUUUGCCGAUGAUGAGAUCAGCACUGCUGGGGAAAAUGAAAGCCACCGGGGCUCUCUCUUAAUUCCAAGAUCUGGGAGGCGUCCAAGCAUGCAGAGUCAAGUGAGCCAUAGCUCUCACCCUGCUACUCCCAACUACACCCAGACGGGCAAAAGGAACAGCUCAGUGGAUUGCAAUGGUGUGGUUUCCCUGAUAGGAGGAGGCAUCGGGGCACUCAACCCAGACCCUGCUUCUCCUGCAGGGUUACUGCUCCCCCCAGUUAUUAUGGAAAAACGUGGGACAGGCGACCUGACCUCUCCUUCGGACGAGGCAAGCAAGAAACAGCUUCUAAUGCCCCACCGCCCAUCAGUGGACCACUCGGAUGAGCCCUUUCAGAGGCAGAGGGCAGUGAGUGCUGUCAGCAUCAUCACCAGUGCCCUGGAAGAGCUUGAGGAAUCACACCAGAAAUGUCCUCCCUGCUGGAACCACUUUGCUGUUAAAUUUCUCAUUUGGGAUUGUUGCCCGCUUUGGCUUUUAAUCAAGAAAUUUGUCAAGUUUGUGGUAAUGGACCCAUUUACCGACCUCACCAUCACCCUUUGCAUUGUGCUGAACACGCUUUUCAUGGCCUUGGAGCAUUAUAAGAUGACGAAGGAGUUUGACCACAUGCUUUACAUAGGCAAUUUGGUCUUCACUGGGAUUUUUACAGCAGAAAUGAUCUUCAAAGUAAUUGCCCUUGACCCCUACUACUAUUUUCAGCAGGGCUGGAAUAUUUUUGACAGCAUAAUUGUUAUUCUAAGCCUGAUGGAACUGGGUUUGUCCAGUAUGGGAAACCUGUCUGUUUUACGCUCCUUUCGAUUGCUGCGAGUCUUCAAGUUGGCAAAAUCCUGGCCGACCUUAAAUACACUCAUCAAAAUCAUUGGUAAUUCAGUGGGUGCCCUCGGUAACCUCACUCUCGUGCUGGCAAUCAUCGUCUUUAUUUUUGCUGUGGUAGGAAUGCAGCUUUUUGGGAAAAGCUACAUGGACAAUGUGAAGAAGAUAAGCACGACUGGCAAUUUGCCACGGUGGCAUAUGAAUGAUUUUUUCCACUCGUUCCUCAUCAUCUUCCGAAUUUUGUGUGGGGAGUGGAUUGAGACCAUGUGGGACUGCAUGGAAGUAGCUGGGCAGCCGCUGUGCCUUCUUGUCUUCUUGUUGGUCAUGGUGAUAGGAAACCUGGUGGUGCUCAACCUGUUUCUUGCCUUGCUGCUAAGCUCUUUCAGUGCUGACAACCUCUCGGCACCAGAUGAGGAUGGGGAGUUGAACAACCUGCAGCUUGCUUUUGCUCGGAUCAACAGGGGUCUUCAGUAUGUGAAACACACGACACGGGAUUUUUGCUGCAAUGUCCUCCGGCACCCCAAGACAACAGCUGAAAAGAAGGCAAUGAUGAUGCUUGCUGCCCAGAAUACAGGUGCCCUUAACAAUUGUGUCAACAGUCACACAACUGCUGAGCUUGGCAAAGACAUGGAGAAUCACAAAGAGAACCACGCUGAGGAUGGAAUGAAUAAAAAUGGGGAGAAGCAUCUAGGAAUUACAGACAAUGAUGAUUUUAUGACCAAUCCUGACCUGUCCAUUUGUGUUCCUAUUGCUCUGGGAGAGUCGGACAUUGAGGAGGAAGACGAGGAGCAGAGCACCUUUACGGAAAUGGAGCAGGAUUAUUUCCAGCAGGAAAAACAGCUACAGCUGAGGGGGCAACGAUGCCAAAGCCCAGGCGUCCGGAGUCAGAAUUCUGAGAUUUGUGAAGAGUUAAGUGAGUUGCACGUGGAUAAGCAGUUGAAGGCUGAGCCACCACCUCCAGUAGGGCAAAAAGAGCUUGAUGAAAUCAGUCUUUCUGAAGGCAGCACAGUGGAUUUGACAAAUCCUGCAGAACUGCUGGAGCAGAUCCCUGAGUUUGCUGAAGAGCUGAUGGAGCCUGAAGAUUGCUUCCCCGAAGUUUGUGUACGAUUCUUCCCAUGCUGCUCAGUGGACAUCACAAAAUUUCCAGGCAAAAUUUGGUGGAGGCUGAGGAAAACCUGCUACAGAAUUGUCGAACACAACUGGUUUGAAACUUUCAUCAUAUUCAUGAUCCUGCUGAGCAGUGGAGCCCUGGCUUUUGAAGAUAUUUACCUUGAAGAUCGAAAAAACAUAAAAACUAUGCUGGAAUAUGCUGACAAAAUAUUCACUUACAUCUUUGUAUUGGAAAUGCUCCUGAAAUGGGUGGCUUAUGGCUUCAAGAAGUAUUUCACCAAUGCCUGGUGCUGGCUUGACUUCCUUAUUGUAGAUGUGUCUUUAAUAAGCCUCAUCGCCAAUACACUUGGAUACUCUGAGAUGGGUCCCAUUAAAUCCCUCAGGACUCUCCGAGCUCUUCGGCCAUUAAGAGCGUUGUCACGAUUUGAAGGGAUGAGGGUGGUGGUCAAUGCACUUGUGGGAGCCAUCCCUUCCAUCAUGAAUGUUCUGCUCGUCUGCCUCAUCUUCUGGCUCAUCUUCAGCAUCAUGGGAGUGAACCUUUUUGCUGGAAAGUUUGGGAAGUGCAUUAAUAAGACAGAAGGAGAUAUGCCUUUAGACUCUAAAAUUAUUAACAACAUGAGUGACUGUAUACUCUAUAAUGUGUCAGGCACAUUUUACUGGACAAAAGUUAAAGUUAACUUUGAUAAUGUUGGUGCUGGGUACCUGGCUCUGCUACAAGUGGCCACAUUUAAAGGUUGGAUGGAUAUCAUGUAUGCAGCAGUGGAUUCACGAGAGUGUGAGGAGCAGCCUGAAUGGGAAUGUAAUUUAUACAUGUACCUCUACUUUGUGAUUUUCAUCAUCUUCGGGUCUUUCUUCACAUUGAACCUCUUCAUUGGUGUUAUCAUUGACAAUUUUAACCAACAAAAGAAAAAGAUAAGCGGCCAGGACAUCUUUAUGACAGAAGAACAGAAAAAGUAUUAUAAUGCAAUGAAAAAGCUGGGAUCUAAGAAACCUCAAAAGCCAAUCCCAAGGCCACUGAACAAAUACCAAGGUUUUAUUUUUGAUGUCGUCUCAAAACAAGCCUUUGAUGUCUCCAUCAUGAUUCUCAUCUGCCUUAACAUGGUUACCAUGAUGGUGGAAACGGAUGACCAAAGUCAAGAAAAAGUUAACAUCCUUCAUAAAAUAAACAUGCUUUUUGUUGCCAUCUUCACUGGGGAGUGCAUCAUCAAGAUGUUGGCCCUGCGACACUACUACUUCACCAAUGGCUGGAACAUAUUUGACUUUGUUGUUGUGAUUCUGUCUAUUGUAGGCACUGUACUUUCUGAUAUCAUCCAGAAAUAUUUCUUCUCUCCCACACUCUUCAGAGUCAUUCGCUUGGCUCGGAUUGGCCGGAUCCUAAGACUCAUCCGGGGAGCCAAAGGAAUUCGAACUCUCCUGUUUGCCUUAAUGAUGUCCCUACCUGCUCUGUUCAACAUUGGCCUCUUGCUUUUUCUGGUCAUGUUCAUUUAUGCCAUUUUUGGCAUGGCUAACUUUGCCUAUGUUAAGAAGGAGCAUGGGAUUGAUGACAUGUUCAACUUUCAAACCUUUGCUAACAGCAUGCUCUGUCUCUUCCAAAUUACAACAUCAGCUGGCUGGGAUGGUCUUCUCAACCCUAUUUUAAACACUGGACCACCACAUUGCGACCCAAACCUUCCAAAUGCAAACGGUUCAAAGGGAGACUGUGGAAGCCCUGCCGUAGGGAUUUUAUUCUUUGUUACCUAUAUCAUUAUAUCAUUUCUCAUUGUUGUAAACAUGUAUAUAGCCAUUAUUCUAGAGAACUUCAGUGUAGCCACUGAGGAAAGUACAGAGCCUCUAAGCGAGGAUGAUUUUGAUAUGUUCUAUGAAAUCUGGGAGAAGUUUGACCCUGAAGCCACUCAGUUUAUUGAGUAUUCUGCACUUUCAGACUUCGCAGAUGCGCUGUCAGAACCUUUGCGCAUAGCAAAACCAAACAAAAUCAAACUCAUAGCAAUGGACCUGCCCAUGGUCAGUGGAGAUAGGAUCCAUUGCUUGGAUAUUUUGUUUGCUUUUACAAAAAGGGUGCUAGGAGAAUCUGGAGAGAUGGAUGCCCUUAAAAUACAGAUGGAAGAAAAGUUCAUGGCAGCAAAUCCAUCUAAGAUCUCUUAUGAACCCAUUACAACAACUCUCAGACGGAAACAAGAAGAGGUCUCCGCCAUUGUCAUCCAGCGGGCCUACAGGAAACAUUUGUUUCGGCGCUCCAUGAAGCAGGCGUCUUACUUGUACCGGCACAGAACUUUUGACGGCAGCAUCCUCGAGGACGAUGCACCUGAGAAGGAGGGUCUAAUUGCAUACAUGAUGAAUGAAAACUACGGCAGGCCAAUAGACAAAUCAGAAACUCUGUCCUCCACAUCUUUCCCUCCAUCCUAUGACAGUGUCACCAGAGGUACAAGUGAUAAUCUCCAGCUAAAGAUGACGGACUCCAGCAAAAGCGAUGAGGCUAUAGAUUGUCUUCUCUCGCCAGACAAGGAUAAAGAAUCAAUUGUUUAAAUGUUUGUUUAGAAUGCUUUAAAAUAUUGUUUACAGAAUGUAACGCUGUAACUACACAACGAUUGAAGCAGCCUUCUUAUUAAAAAUUAGUUGCAAAAGAAACAAUGGAGUUUUUACCCUUAACUACAGGAAUCUAAUAAGUCAUAUAACCUUUGACCCUGCUCUUUUUGAGUUGGCUCAAUAUUUAUAUUUAUAUAUGCACAGGAAGAAUAUUUGCAGGGUCAUAGCUGUUAUAUCAAUGGUGUGAAUAAGAAUAUGCUAGACUAUAAAACAGUAAACACAGUGUAUAUCCACAGAUAAAGCCUGGCUGUAUACAUUCAUUUAAGGUCUUACUCAUAUUAGUGUGUUUACUUAUGGCAAUGUAUGACCUUGCAUUCUAAAAAGAAAAAAAAAAAUAUCACAGCUGCUGUAGCAAAAUGUAACACUUACUGUAUAUGUUGUGAAUGGUCUUUCAUAAAUUUAUUAUAUUUGAUAUUUUUUUACUUAAAAGACUAAAGUCUCUUUUUCCAUGGAGAUUAAUGAUCCUUAUAAUCUCUUCUUCAUGAUGAACUCUGAGUCAAGGUAUAAUAGGAAAUUGUGUGAUCCCCAUCACUUGAAGAGGAAAGUUUUUGCAAAAUAAAACUAUCGAAUUAGCAACAUUUUAACUGUUUAUUACACUAAGCCCUCCCUCCUGGGACUUGCAACUGCUCCUCAGCAGAAACACAAAAAAUGGAGAAGGAAAUGAUGUCAAAAUAAUUAAAGAAAUGGCUUGUUCUAUCCUACAGGAAACUAGACAGUAAUGGAUUAUGUUUGUAAAACUGUUAAUAAAAGCACUAAUUUUUUUA